GCGUUCCCCGGUACGCGGCGAGCGACUUCCGGCAAUAAACUCCCGACGCGCCGCCGUCAGGUGCGGGCUGUGGGCGUGGGCGCGCCAGGUGAGAAAUGAUGGGGAAGGAAACUCCUUUGCCAGCUGUUCUCUGAAUAUAAAACUGCCUUACUUUUGUCUUCAUUGUAUCUUGGUGGUUUCUUGUUUGUGUGCAGAGAACUAUGCCAUUUUUGGGUCAGGACUGGAGAUCUCCUGGAUGGAGUUGGAUUAAAACAGAAGAUGGCUGGAAAAGAUGUGAAUCCUGGAGUCAGGAGCUUGAGAGACAGAGUAACCCAUGUAACAUCAGUCACAGCAUUAUCUUAAAUAGUGAAGAUGAAGAAAUAUACAAUAAUGAAGAGCAUGAAUAUGCAUCCAAAAAAAGAAAAAAGGACCACUUUAGAAAUGACACAAAUACUCAAAGUUUUUAUCGUGAAAAAUGGAUCUAUGUCCAUAAAGAAAGCACAAAAGAAAGACACGGGUAUUGUACUUUAGGAGAAGCUUUUAAUCGCUUGGACUUCUCAAGCGCAAUUCAGGACAUCCGACGGUUCAAUUACGUGGUCAGACUGCUGCAACUGAUUGCAAAGUCCCAGCUGACGUCACUGAGCGGUGUGGCCCAGAAGAACUACUUCAACAUUCUGGAUAAAAUUGUUCAAAAGGUUCUCGAUGACCACCAAAACCCUCGCCUAAUCAAAGAUCUUCUCCAAGACCUGAGCUCUACCCUCUGCAUUCUCAUCAGAGGAGUGGGAAAGUCUGUCCUGGUGGGAAAUAUCAACAUUUGGAUUUGCCGACUAGAAACCAUUCUCAACUGGCAGCAGCAGCUUCAGAAUCUCCAGAUGACCAAGCAGGUGGACGGUGGCCUGACGCUCAGUGACCUUCCUGUGCACAUGCUCAGCAACAUCUUGUACCGGCUCUCGGAUGGGUGGGACAUUGUCACCCUGGGUCAGGUGACCCCAACACUGUCCAUGCUCAGCGAGGACCGGCAUCUGUGGAAGAAGCUGUGCCAGUACCACUUCGCGGAGAAGCAGUUUUGUAGACAUUUGAUCCUUUCAGAGAAAGGUCAUAUCGAAUGGAAGCUGAUGUAUUUUGCGCUUCAGAAGCACUACCCGACGAAGGAGCAGUAUGGAGACACGCUCCACUUUUGUCGGCACUGCAGCAUCCUCUUUUGGAAGGACUGCCGCCUUGCUUUGUUGCUCGAGGACUCGGGCCACCCCUGCACGGCCGCUGACCCUGGUAGCUGCUUCACGCCUGUGUCGCCGCAGCACUUCAUUGACCUCUUCAAGUUUUAAGGGCACCCCUGCCCCACCUGCCGUGUCCUGAGCAGCACCUGGUAGGACGUAUCCUCCAUGACUGAGCCAUGACUGCGGUGCCCCCCCUGGAGUGGCCAUGGAUGGACUUGCGGGCAGGAGCACCUGUUGUGUUUCCGUCUUUGAAAGGGGGUUAGGAAACCCAGGCAAAAUCAUUUCUACUUCUUAAAAAAAUUCUUCUAAGCACAUCAAAAUUUGCAACUUGGCAUAUUUGUGAAUAUGGUUCAGCAUCAUCUCUGCUGAACUAAGACUAACAGCCAAGAAUAUGCUUAAUCGUCAAAUGAUCAUUUCUUGAUUUUGUAGUAAUUGGGGGCGGGGACAGAACAUUGGUUCUUGUAAGGAUGUUGUGCAGAAUAUUUAUUUUUCUUAAGAUGUAUUUUAACUGUACUGAUUGUGUCCCCAUGAAUGCUCAUGGAUACAGACAGAGCCCAGGGAAGUAAAUGCAUGUUUCUGGUAGCUCAGCGGUGUAGACGUCUGCCACCCACAGACAUGAGCUUGGGGCUGUGGUCCUGGGUUCAUGGACAGAGGCUGGCCGGCAGGGCCCCGACCUGGUGGCCAGCCCUGUGUGGCCUGCAUUUCACUGCUCUGAAACCCCUUUUACAAAGUAAUAAAUCAUGUUCCUCUAUCAAUUUUAACUUCAUCAGUUUUGCAUCUUUCUGAAAAAAGUAGUACUAAGGAUUUUGAUAUCAUUUAUUGAAACCUUUCAAAGAUUUUAUUUUUAAAAUAUUGCAUGUGCAUUUUAGAAAAUUUUGAAAAUAAAGUUUAUAAAAGAGAAUAAAACUUGCAUAUCACCCCGCCACUCAAAGAUAGCUGUGCUUGCCAGAAAGCAGGUAGGGGUGGCCUGGUGGAUGCAGGGAAAGAAUGGGGCCACGCACCUCAGCAAAACCGCUUCUGCUCUCUUCUUAGCACAUGGGGCUUUGCAAUUUGCAUAUUUGUAAAUAAAGUUCUGUGCUGAACUAACACUAA